AUGUUUGUAGCAUUCAGGUUUAAAUGGGAAAUCGAUUUCUCGAAUGUUUUCGAGGUAUUCGAGGUCAUUGGGUAUGAGCGCGUAGUAUCGAACGAGAAGGAUUUGAUUUUGCUUGGAGUUUGCGAGGUGGUCGGAAAUGAAAGAGGGGCUGCGGAUGAUGUGGUCGAAAUACUUACAGACCGACCGGAUUCCGAUGAGCAUCUUGACGGAGGAAAACGUUGGCCCAUAUUUCCUGAGGAAGAUAAUCCGACAUUUUUAGGGAAUUUUGUUUUCUUUCAAGAGACUGGAAGGAAUGAAUGA